CUCAAUCUCUCUCCUUCUUUCCCUUAACACCCAUCUCUCUCUUGCAAAGAAUCGAUCACCGCCUCCGUUCUCUUGGGUUCCCAAUCUCAUCCAUAACCCCAUCCACAUGGCUUUCAUUACUAAUAAAGAAGUAGAACAAGAAACCCAAGUCUAUCUCGAUCAAAUUCAUACCUAACCGACGAUGUCGGAAGCUCCAGGUUGCGUCCUUGAAAAUGUUCAUCGGGUGAUCGAUACCCGGUCCAAGAACCAAGCCUUGGGUUCUGACGGCGGUGAUCGAGAUGAGGGAAUACAGAGAACUGAGGUGGAAGAACUGAGUGUUGUCGAUGCUCGUCGAGGGGAAAGAAAGGAGAGAAGGAGUUGCUCUGUUUGGUGCUUGAGUGAUCAGGGGAACAUGGGUUACGUCUCGGACUCGGAAGCCUCAUCUGAUGAAGACGAUGGCACAGGAUCUAUAAGAAGGAAGGGCCUUACUUAUAUUCAUGCAGAAUCAAUACAGUCUACUGUUCUUCCUCCUGAUCACAGUAUGAUGCCAGAGGAAUGUGACAAUAAUCCAAAAUUCUCUAUGUGUGAUGAUGAUUCUGACAAGCAUCAAAAAGAUGUUGUAGUUGCAAAGCCCGUUGUUGAGGUGAUCAGGAUGGAUAUGAAGCCAAAUACUCUAAGAGAUCCAUUUCCAACUGCCACUAAAGUAGGUCAAUUUGUCCUGGAUCACUAGACCGACAUGCAUAAUCAUUUACAGGAUUGCUGUAGUUCUGAAUCCAUUGACAGACUAAACCAUCCAAGAGUGAUUGAAGAAAUGAAUGCAUGGGCACCUGCUGGAAAGGAACCAAGCAUGAAUAUGACCCAAAGCAUUUCUGGAGAAAAGAACCUUUCUCAUUCACUCAUCAACAAGCAUGCUGCUGCAGGGUUUGCCUAUAUUGGGUCUCAAGAACCAGGCGAGCUGUCCCAAGCCAAUGCUAUGGAUGUUGUGGAUAAGUUACUUUCAGAUUAUAAUGUAGGACUAUCUCUAGAUAUUGAUGCUGAGAGAACCCAAGGGACAAGCUCAUUUCACGUCUUGGCUGCAACGGGAGCCCACUGCUUGGCUAAAAGGGCUGAUCGUAUUUGGUCAGUUAGAAGGGCAGGAAUUUUUGACUGGGAUGACAGUCUUGAAGAUGAAAGACAAGAUGGUUUCCUCAGUAAUAGAAAUGAUUACUUCUGCAAAAAACAAGCCAGAGUGUGCGAAUCACCUAGUGCAUCCUUAAAGCCUAUGCAUCAUAACUCCAAAAUUAUUGGUGGUGCGCAUGAUACGAGUGGGCAGAAAGAAUGUGGAAAUUGCAAAAUUCAUUCAAACAGAACCAGCUUAAUGUGUCCAGAUCUAUGUGUGGUGCCAGAAAAUCCAGUAAGAAGCAAAAAAUUACAUGUAUCUGAGAUAAAAAUAAAUAACCUUUUCAAGGAUGUGGAUGAAUGGUCCAAGUCAAAAUCUCUAGAGCAGCAAUUGGAGGCAGUUGAUGUAGUUGAAUGCAUAGAAGAUGUGUAUGAUGUGGGCCCUAAUACUCAAAUGGCUGCUGAAGCUAUGGAGGCCUUAUUUUGUGGUUCUCCUCUUAACCAUGAGUUGGAGGACGCAAGUCCUGGAGGUGGAAUGUUGACCACAGAUUGCAGCAGAGGUGUGAUAGUGGAGAAGGCUUCAGCAAUGAAUAUUUCACUCCAAAAGAUUGUUUCCUCUAGUCUUAAUUCAGAAAGUAUUCAAAUGCAAUACAAAGGAACGAAGGCACGCGGGACUAUAUCUAACAGGGGAAAUUUAAGUUCUAGAAAAUGCUCCAGAAAAUCAGGAAUGAAUAGGAAAUUAGAGGACACAAUAGAAAAAACAGAAGUGGUUAACCAAAAUCGGGAUCUGAAAGAACAAUCAUAUGCUAUAGCCUCUGCCAAUCUGAAUGAAUAUUCUGAAUCAUGCAAGCAACAGAAAGCAUCAGAAAGAGUGAAUGGAACCUUCAUCAAAGAGGUUGACAAACACUGCAGUUCAUGGACAUCUAAAGGAAAGCUUUCAGACAGCAAGGGACUCAUUAUACGAGAGCACUCCUCAAGUGAUAAGUCUGUUUUGCAUCAAACUAAGCAGAGUGAAACUGAGGCUACCAAUGAAGCAAGCUUUCCUGAGGCCCAAAUGAAAGAAAAUAUGCAUUUUGUAGAUGCAUCUGGUCUGCUGAGGCCCACCCAGAAAAAUCGUACUAAAGUUUCAGGCAGAAGUACUACAUUUGUAAGGAAAUUUGGAAGUCAUCCUGAUGUGCUGGAUAAAAAAGGGAAAUGCAAGGAAGAGCUUAUAAUCAUUGCACCUAAAAUAGAUGCUUUGAGCUGCCAAAGAAGGAGGACAACUCAUCCGAUUACUUCAGGCAUUUCAGAUGAUAAUGGCACCUUGAACAACCGAUUGCUCACAAUUGAUGUUAAGAGAACAGCUAAUGUGCUACCAACAAAGCGAGGAAGGAUCAAAGAUGUCGUAAGAAGUCUUCCCAAAAUCCUAGACACAGCAAAGAGGAGGAAAAGAACAGCCGUUACACGGUUACCUUCUCCAAGUGGUCAAAUCCCAUCCAAUGCUACAAAGUUGUCACCAAUGUCUUGUCUGCAAAAAAGGGCAUCAGUAACUUUUGCUGCAAGUAAACCUCUUUUAGGAAAGGAUUCCAAGAAAUGUUUGACCAGCAAUGAUUCCACUGCUGUGAUGAAGCACAGGGUUCCUUUUAAAGAAGUGGCAGUACCCAAGUUGAGCACAAAAUCUGUAUCUAAUUUCAAGCAUAUUGAAGGGAAAUCUCUUAACAUUCAACAAUCUGAUGUAGCAUGCAGAACACCAUUAAACGAAACAAACACAGGCGUGCCUUUCUGCAUGGCUUAUGACGCUAUGAGAAGACCAUGCAAUAAAGGUCUUUCAAAAUCGAGUGCUAGAGAGCUUAUCAGACUAGAAGCUACUGAACCAGCAUCCACCUGUUUAUUGAAAGAUUCACGAAAAAGAAAGGAUAUGGCCAGUGUUCGUGUUCUGUUCAGCCAAAAUUUGGAUCAAGACAUAAUCAAGCAGCAGAAAAAAAUCUUGAUGCGCUUUAGAAUUCCAGUUGCCCUAUCAAUUUCAGAUGCAACACACUUCAUCACAGAUAAGUUUGCACGAACAAGGAAUAUGUUAGAAGCAAUGGCUAUGGGUAAACCGGUAGUGACAAAUACAUGGCUUGAAAGCUGUGGACAGGCUAGCUGCUAUAUUGAUGAAAAAAAUUACAUACUGAGGGAUCUAAAGAAGGAAAGGGAGAUUGGCUUCAGCAUGCCUCUUUCAUUGAAUCGUGCACGCCACUGUCCACUCUUGCAGGGUAUGAGCGUGUUAAUCACUCCAAAAGUAAAACCUGAUCAAGCGCUAGUAGCUAGUUUGGUCAAGGCAGCACAUGGUCAGCCAUUGGAACAAAUUGAAAGUCAUGAAAUGAAGGAGAACAAAGUACAAGAUGACCUUAUUGUUAUUUCAUGCGAAGAAGAUUAUGAAAUUUGCAUCCCCUUCCUUAAACAAGGAGGGGAUGUUUUCAGUUCAGAACUUUUACUGAAUGGUAUUGUUAUUCAGAAAUUGGAGUUUGAAAGGCAUCGCCUUUUUUCUGGAUCGUGCUAG